GGGCACAGCAGAGGCCAGAGGAGCACUGUUGUUCUUAGUGGAUGGAGCCAGAGGAGUUAAAAUUAAGCCUUGAUUGCCUGGGUCUGUGAGAAUUCAGCAUGGAAUGUCUCUACUGUUUCCUGGGAUGUCUGCUUCUGGCUGCGAGGUUGCCCCUGGAUGUCGCCAUAAAAUUUCACGAUGUGCUGAGCAAUGAAAGAACUUCUGGUUAUAUGAGGGAGCACAACCAUCUAACUGGUUGGUCUUCAGAUGAAAAUGACUGGAAUGAAGAACUGUAUCCAGUGUGGAAGAAGGGAGACUCAAGGUGGAAAAACUCUUGGAAAGGAGGCCAUGUGCGGGCGAUUCUCACCAGUGAUUCACCAGCUCUUGUGGGCUCAACGAUCACAUUUGUGGUAGACCUGGUAUUUCCCAGAUGCCAAAGGGAAGAUGUCAGUGGCAACAUAGUCUAUGAGAAGAACUGCGGAAAUGAUACUGGUCCAUCGCCUGACCUGUAUGUUUACAAUUGGACAGAGGAAGGCAGCUGGGGAAAUGGUACCAACGAACACCAUCAUGAUGUGUUCCCUGAUGGAAAACCUUUCCCUCACCACCCUGGAUGGAAGAGAUGGAAUUUUGUCUACGUCUUUCGCACACUUGGUCAGUAUUUGCAGAAAUUAGGACGGGGUUCAGCAAGAGUUUCUGUAAACACAGCCAAUGUGACACUUGGCCCUCAUCUCAUGGAAGUAAUUGUUUACAGAAGACACCGACAUGCAUAUGUCCCCAUCGCAAAAGUGAAAGAUGUGUACGUGGUAACAGAUCACAUUCCUGUAUUUGUGACUAUGUACCAGAAGAAUGAUCGGAAUUUAUCUGAUGAAACCUUCCUCAGGGAUCUCCCCAUUAUGUUCAACGUCCUGAUUCACGACCCUAGUCACUUCCUCAAUGAGUCAGCCAUUUACUACAAGUGGAACUUCGGCGAUAAUACCGGUCUGUUUGUUUCCAACGCUCCAACUUUGAAUCACACAUAUGUGCUCAAUGGAACCUUCAGCCUUAACCUCACUGUGCAAGCUUCAGUGCCUGGACCUUGUCCUUCACCUUCACCCACACCUCCAAAACCCACUUCUUUAUCAUCUGCUGGUGACAACCCCCUGGAGCUGAGGAAGACCUCUGGUAUAACCUGCCUUAUUAACAGAUAUGGCUACUUUAAAGCCACCAUCACAAUUGUAGAGGGAAUUCUGGAGGUUAACAUCAUUCAGAUGACAGAUGUUCUGAUGCCGGUGCCACAGCCUGACAACUCCCUGAUGGAUUUUGUUGUGACCUGCCAAGGGAUGAUGCCAACAGAGGUCUGUACUGUGGUUUCUGACCCUACCUGCCAGAUCACGUAUGACACAGUCUGCGACCCUGUAGGUGAGGACAUGGGUCAUGAGUGCUUGCUGACCGUGAGAAGAGCCUUCAGUGGGUCUGGGACGUACUGUAUGAACCUCACUCUGGGAGAUAAUACAAGUCUGGCCCUCACGAGCACCCUUGUCUCUAUCCCUGAAAGAGACCCAGCUUCCCCUUCAAGAAUGGCAAAUGGUGUCCUGGUUGCCGUUGGUUGCUUAGCCAUAUUUGUCACUGUGAUCACCCUUUGGGUAUACAAAAAACACAAGGAAUACAACCUGAUAGAAAAUAGUACUGGGAUCGUGGUCAAAGGCAAAGGCCUGAAUGUCUUCCUCAACCGUGCAAAGGCCAUGUUCUACCCUGGAAUCCAAGAAAAAGAUCCACUGCUCAAGCACCAACCAGGAACUCCUUAAAUCUUCAGCUUUAUUUCUGACAACAGCUCACUCUUCAAUGCCAUUUGUGUGAGCUGUGCCAGAGUUGAUGACUAUCAAUUUCUUUUCCUAAAGAUUAUUGUUAAAAUAUAUAUUGCGGCUUAGGGAGGUUCAAAGUUUUUUUUAAUAGGCUAGAUGACAUUUUAGAGAAGUGGAAAGGAAUUAUGCUGUGCACAACCUCAGCCAUUUUAUAGAACUGAUAAAACCAGUUAGCAGUGCUUUCUUUCAUUGUGAUUUAUGUUUCAUUUAUGUCUUAGGUCAUCAGUGGGAUAGAUACGCUAUGUCCAAAGAGUAGGAGGAGAAGGUACUAUUCACUAGAGUCUGGCUUAGGUUAACUGGAAGGAGAGGCUGGAUACUUUCUAGCUUAUCCGUGUAACCAAAUGCAUAAAACCAAUAUAUUCCUGUCCUUAAUAUCAUGUUCCAAGCUAACUGAAUUCUACUUCAAUGAACAUGCAUGAGAUCCCAACAAAACAGCAACAGGCCAAACAUUUAAUGUGAUGUGCAUGGUUCCUACACUAAAAAAUUUGUAUAUACUAACCUAAUAUAUGGGUGUGAAUAUUUUCGUGACAACCUGCCCUGCCAAGAUGUGUAAAGGAGUGGUAUUCAUUCAUUUAUUCCAUGGACAUUUCUCUAGUACUUUCUAUGUAUCAGGCAUGUUGCUAGGUACAUGGCCCUGUACUCAGGAUGGUGACACUUUUGUGUAUAUAUCUGAAUUUCUGUACACUCUGGUGCAAGUAUUUGAAAUUAUAUAUUAUGAUUUUCCAAAGAAGGAGGCCCCUGCUUUCCUAGUGGUUUCUCAACUUAAAUGAUAUAGAGACUUGAUCAGUAAGGAUUUUACCUUCAUUUGUAAUUAAAGCUCUCUACCAGAUGUCAGAUAGGACAUGCUUUUUUUCUCCUUCCUGAAAAAUAAAGUAUGAAAAGAGAUAA